AUGAAGUUCACCAAACCUACAGGGCUCUUGGCCCUUGGUCUAGCAGGACACGCAGCUGCAGACUCAUAUACCGUGACCGGUGCUGCCAACUCCUGGGAUAGUGGAAAGCCUAGCAUCCCUGCUAUUCCAACCAGCACGACUACGGUAACCGCCACGACAACAGUUACCAAUGUCAGCACUUCCACCAUCACUGCUACAACCACGUCCACUACCACCGAAACCGUGACCAAGGAGGCGACCACAGUCUAUCGCUCCACGGUCUACGUUGCACCCGGAUUCUGUACUUCGACCGUGGUCAAUGUGGAUGGCAAGCCAUUCCCACCAGGAGCAUGGCCAUCUGCCGCCCCAACUGGAGUUGAUCCAGCCGAUGGCGGCUGGCAAGGAGGCGCUGCUCCAGCAGCUGGGACUGGGCAGCCACCUGCUCCAGUCAGCCCAGCCCAGUCCACUGGAGUCGCUCCAGCUGGAGGCAACGGCGGCGCACCAGCAUGGCCUGCUGCUGGCACGUCAACUGGCACCAUUAACUGGGAUCAAACUGCGACUGUUACAGGUGAUUGGGGCAAGACUGCAACCGCCUCAGGAGCUAAGAGCACUAUCACUGGUGUUGUUGACCCUUCAAUGCCUGAGGAUGGAAGCUGGAUUGAUUGGGCAAACGAUGUGAGCACUGUUGGUACGGACGGACAAGUGUGGAGCUGGACCGUGGAUGUUACAACAGUGACCUUUGAUGGUCCUGCUCCUACCUACACUCAGCCUUGGGAUGGCGGUGAUGGCGGCAACUCAAACGGUGGCAGCGAUGGUAGCGGUAGCAGUGGUGGUAAUGGCGGUCAAGGUGGCAGCGGUGGUAGUGGUGGUCAAGGUGGUGGAUAUGGAAAUGGCACCAGCAACGGCAACGGUACGAGCACUGGCAACAAUACUCUCCCCAUACCAGGAUCGGCCGGAUCUAACGUCACUGCUCCUUACCUACCUUUGAAAGAAGGAUCUUGCAACACCGCAGCCGAUCGAAGCAAGUGGUGCAAUGGUCAAUCGAUCUCGACUGAUGCUUAUACUGCCGGUUACAAGACUGGCGCGACUUGCUCGUAUGACUUCACAAUCACUAAUACAACAAUGAACUUGGAUGGAAGUGGCUCUAAGCUUGCGUUCGCUAUCAACGGCCAGGUCCCUGGACCCGUCAUCGAGUGCAACUGGGGCGAUAUUCUUCAGGUCACUGUCCACAACCAGCUUCAAGAUAACUCAACCACUAUCCAUUGGCACGGUAUCACCCAAAAGGGAACUAAUGACCAGGACGGUGUGCCCGGUAUCACUGAGUGUGCCAUCGCACCUGGUUCUUCCCGUACAUACACCAUGCUUCUCGAGCAAUACGGAACGGGUUGGUACCAUUCUCACGCCAUUGCCCAAUACGGAGAUGGUAUUCGCGGCCCUAUGAUCAUUCAUGGACCUGCUACAGCCAACUACGACUAUGACAUGGGUACCGUCAUGAUUGACGAUACCUUCCCCGUCACUGCUCAGCAACAGAAUGAACGUAUCGCCCAUUUCGGACCCUCUGGAACCGUGAACUAUCUUCUCAAUGGCCAUAACACCAAGCCAGAUCUAUCUGCUGGUCAACACACCCUGUGGUCCGUCAAGCCGGGCAAGAAGCAUCUAUUCCGCCUCAUCAACUCUGCUUCUCAGAAUAUGUACUCUGUUCACUUCGACAACCACAAGAUUACCGUCAUCUCCGCUGACUACGUGCCUAUUGUUCCAUAUGUCACUGAUUGGCUGAACAUCGGUAUUGGUCAACGAUAUACCGUCAUCAUUGAGAUGGACCAGCCUGUUGCAGGUUACUUCUUGCGUGCUGUUACCCAAACCGGAUGCCCCAGUGGAUGCCAGAACAACGGCCUGGGAAGCGCAAACGGUAUCUUCCUAUACGAGGGUGCCCAGCCAUACUUGCCAACCUCUACCGCUGGAGGCAAGACUGCUGCUGACUUCAACUUCUGCUUGGAUGAGCCUCUUGCGUCCUUGGUCCCCUUCCAGGAGAAGGCUGCUGGUACGAGUGAUCAGUUCUCUGCGACCGUCUCCACUCUGCCUGCUGGUAACGUUGCCCAAGUCGCAACCAGCGAUGACGGUACUGUCUUCCGCUGGUUUUUGAACAACGGCGCGAUCAACGUCAACUACACCCAGCCAACCCUGCAGACACUUGCACAAGGUGGAAACGACUCUUUGAUCUCCAACCCCAUCGUCCUCAACAACGCAGGCAAAUGGUACUACUUCAUCAUCCAGAACCAGUUCUUUGCAUCCCAUCCAAUGCAUAUUCACGGUCAUGACAUGAGUGUUUUGGGUCAAGGAACCGUCAGCUGGAAUCCAUCCUUGACAAACACCUUGAACUUCAACAACCCCAUGCGUCGUGACACCGCCAUGUUGACUGGCUCAUCCGGUCCAGGUGCCCCUCCGGGCUACACCGUCAUUGGCUUUGAGACCGACAACCCAGGUGCUUGGUUGAUGCAUUGCCACAUUGUCUGGCACGUUGAUGGUGGCCUUGCUCUUCAAUGGGUUGAGCGCCCCACUGAGAUUACCGGCUAUGCCAACAAACAAAGCUUCCAGGACGAGUGCUCAUCUCUCAACACUUGGCAGAAUGCCGGACCCGGCCGCAUUCACACCUCAGGCGAAUCAGGCUUGAAGCGUCGAAGCGACAGCAAAGAGUUCUUCCCUCGCUUGAAGCGCGCCUUCGGUGAUGGCUACAAGCCCAGGCACAUGCGCAACUAG